UGAGCCUCUUAUCUAGCUGUUGCCAUAUUGCUUUUUUUUUUAAAGAUGAAAAGCAUAAAUGUUGUAUCAAAUAUUAUCGUCUGACACUUCAUGUAAGUACUCUAGUAAAUACUAAAAGUGCCAGCAUGCAUUUCACUGUUUUCUUAGUCAAAGAAUCCUAAAAGUGUUUUCCUGUUGUGUGAAGGAAGCGCCCAUUGAUGAUUCAGCACAUGUAUAUUUGGCUCACUAACUGUAUUUCUUGUUUCUGCAGAGAACAGCCUUGUCAUCUGAACAUGAUAUCCAUGCACCACACUAAAACUAAAACUGUAAAUGUUUUUUUUUUUUUCCUAAUUACAAUUACGUUGACAGCAGCGUUGUUAUUCUACUUUCUAGUUAGAACUUGUGAGACAAAUGUGUAAACAGUAUAACUCUCUGCUGCCCCCAGGUGCCUGUGUGUGCACACACACAAAGGAUUCAGGCAACUGCAAUUUUUUUCUUUUAUCAGGUAUUUUAGCUCUGACUGUGUUCGUUGAAUGUUGCAUAUCAAUGAUACACACAAUUGCUUUUUAAGCAUGAUGCGGUGCUCUUAUAACGGAGCCACUGGUUGAUAACUACUCGUGAUUGAUAAUCUCUAAUGAUUAUGCCUGUGUAGUAAUUGAGGGAAAAGUAAACAAUAGCCUCUGGGGGAAUCCAGUGACUGCUGCAGCGCACGUCAGACUGGCAUCACUCCUCGCGCUCAAGGCUGUUCGUGCACACGCGUAAUGUAAAGAGCAGUCAGACACAGGGGCUUCUAGUGGACAUUUCCCCAUUCCUCCAAAUGCAUAACUGGUGCAAAGUUUGUCAAGGUGUUUGCUUAUAAACUGUAUACAUAUAUAUAAAGAAUCUUGGCAGAAUAGCCCGGACUCGUAGACAAUAUUUUUUCAGAUGUGCUAGAAGGCGCCGAGAAGUUGGAGAUAUGGAUUUUCAUUUUAAGGAGUGAAUUUCUCAAUUUGGAAAGACCACCAUGAGCAGGUUGCUGUGCCUUGCCUCCGAGCCAGAAGGAGAAAUACCACUGUGCUACUGACAGGAAUUUUACGCGCAGCUGAACAAGGAUGCCAGAGGAGCUCGCAAACUGCAGUGUGUGUUGCUGUACCACGACCAGUAAGAUACUCAUGGUGGUCUUCAUGAUAUCACUGAUACUUGCUAUACUCUUCGGGAACCUCCUGACAUUAGCAGUGGUCGUUGGAACGAAACACUUCCACACUCCACAGGGUUAUUUAAAAGCCUCACUGGCCGUGGCAGACCUAGCUGUGGGGAUUUUUGUGGUGCCCGUCUCCGUUUACGCAGAAGUAUCUCUCAUGAUCUACAAUUCAAUGCCAGAGUGGACAGCGCGCAAUUCCCAAGCCACACCUCUCCACCCGUGCAAUUUUAUCGGACCUGUGUUUGCGGGAUGCACUUUAGUUUCCAUUACAACAAUUUUCCUCCUGACUAUUGAAAGGAGCAUUGCCGUUUUGAGGCCACUGCACAAGGAAUCGGUCAUAACUAAAAAAAGAACAAGCAUACUAAUAGUCUUUUCCUGGAUGGGCAGUUUUUUCCUGGCAAUAUCCCCAUUGGUUUUCAGCGAUCAAAUCGCGCUGGAGUACAAUCCUUGCAGUCGCAUGUGCAAUUACGCGCUUGGAAGCGCAGACUUCCCUUCCCAAGCAUGGAACAUUCUCUUACUUUUCCCUGCCUUUGAUUUUACGCUACUCGGAGGUACUAUUGUCAUCAAUAUCAUAUCCCUCACCACAAUCCGCCAGCAUUCAAAAAGAAGAAAACAUCUUGCAGAGAACGAGAGUCAAAGCUCAACGAAACCAACCUUCUCCGACAUCAAGGCUGCCAAGACAAUAGGCACUCUGACGCUGGCUUUCACCGCUUCUUUUACUCCCAUCGCCGUGUUUGUAGUUGGAAAUGUGCUGGGAAAUGAAUGGUGCAAUUUUGCGUUUUUUGCCUUUUGGAUUUUGACCUCAAACAGCUGCUGUAAUGUUAUUAUAUACGGCGCGAGAGACCAGAAGUUUAGAAGUCGCGCGUAUCAGCUGCUCAUAUCCGCUCAAUUUAACACUGCGCCUAAGAAGACUGAGUAUGAAAACACUGUAAAUGGAGGGAAAGACAAUGAAGAAAUAGUCAAGCAAACCUAAUUAAUGAUAUAACUGAGCAGUAGCCCGAUUCAGGUGG